AUGUUUAUUUUGAUUAUCUUAAUAGUAUAAGCCAUACAAUUUACAAUCAAAGUUGAUUAAGUUGCAUGUAUGUGUCCAGACAUACCCUAAGAAGAUAUCUGUAAUGAGUCUAAAUUUUGUAAAUGGCUUGAUGGAUCAUGUCAAAAACUCAAUUGUACAGAUGCAACUGAUCAAGAUUGGUGUGAUAGAAUACUACCAAAUUCAUAUAAAUGUGCUUGGAAUUAAGGAAAAUGUGAUGCAUUUACUACUUGUUCUAAUUAUAUAGUUUCCUAACCAUAAGAAUGUUUUGAAAAAUGGUUCUGUAUUGAUGGUGGACUUACAGCAAGUGGACUUUACACUUGUGCAGAAUAAAAUUAAUAGGAUGUAGAUGAAGAAUAGGAAAUUAUAUGUAUUAAUGAAACAAAUGAAGAGGGAUGUCUUGGUAUAUAAAAAGAUGGCAAUUAUUGUUUUUGGGAUUCUGAAGCUUAGAAUUGCACUACCAAAAGUAUACAAAAUUGCGACGAUGCCUCAAAUACAACUGUAGAAUAUUGUAAAAACACAUCAUGCGAAUGGAAUGAUUCCACUAAAGAAUGCAUUGAUUUAUCAUGUGAUUUAUUUAAAAAUGAGGGUGAAUGCAAUUUAUAUUUUAACUUUGAUUUAAGUGAAGUUACAAGAUGUUUAUGGAAUAGUACAACUUGCAUAGACUUUGAAAUAACAGAUCUACCAUCUGAGUAAUGUUUGAAUAUGACAUUAAAUACUUAUGUUUGGAAUUCAAUUUAAUCAAGAUGUGUAGAAUGUGCUUAAUGUUAAAUCCUUAAAUUAAUUUUAAUUUUAAUUUUGAUUUACAUUUGA